GCUACUCCUGCUGUGGAGUUAUGUACCUCAGUUAUAAUUGAGAUAUACCUAUUUCUUAAAAAUAAAAUUGGCUAACCUGCAAAGUUACGGACUUCUGAGAAACUUGAAACUGUGUUUAAUAAAAGUAAAUUAAAAAGGAGACUACCUAGUCGUAAAGUUAAGACACAUGAACUAGUAAAAUAAAAAAAUGUUGUCUAUGUCCAAUGUGGCCGCUCGUCGCUCGCGCUACUGCUGUUGAACGAUUCAAGCGUCAAGUUAUGGCGUUUUGAGAGAUAGACAAUCGUAAAGAGUUUUUUUAAUGAUAUAAAUGUCAGUGUAAUUUAUAAAACUAGUUUAUAAUAUGAGCAGAUAUUACGAUUACGGCAACGCGAUAUCAUGGAACAAUCAGGCGCUCCCUUCUGGAGGCAGCGGGCACAGCGGCGGCUCCCAGGGCAAGGACCCACUGGCGGCCGCGCUGCCCGGCUCGCGAGGCCUUUACCAGCACCCCGCCGUCACCGGCUACAACCCGCAGGACUCGCGGGCGCAGCAGAUGCCCGUCACUUGCACCGACAGGCGCGGCAGAACCCCAUGUACGCGGGCGGCAUGUACCACGGCUACGGGCACGGCGCGGGCGGCGCCACCCUAGCGCCGAUGCCUUCGCCCUCCCCUACGACACCGCUGUCUCCUUUCCCUGUGCACCCGGACGUUAAGUUCAAAAAGCUUCCAUUCUACGACGUGCUUGCGGAACUGAUGAAGCCGUCCACCAUGAUGCCGAUGCAGGCGGGCCGCAUGCAGGAGGGCACUUACAUUUUCCAUCUGACACCGCAGCAGGCCACGGAGAUCGCCUCGGGCAAGGACAUAGUCGGCACCAGCAACAAACUAGACUAUGUCAUACAGGCACAGUUGAGAUUCUGUCUUCUUGAGACUUCAUGUGAACAGGAAGACUACUUCCCACCUAGCGUUAAUGUUAAAGUUAAUAAUAAAAUGUGUCCACUACCAAACCCCAUACCGACAAACAAGCCGACGCCUGAACCGAAGCGACCGCCGCGGCCCGUCAAUAUCUCCUCUCUGGUGAAGCUGUCUCCUACAGUCGCCAAUAAUAUCCACGUCACUUGGGCGGCGGAUUUCACCCGCGCCUAUGUAGUUAGUGUGUUCAUGGUGCGAAAACUGACAUCUGCCGAGCUACUGCAAAGGCUCAAGAAUAAAGGCACCAAGAACCCGGACUAUACGCGAUCGCUCAUCAAAGAGAAGUUGUCGGAAGAUUACGACAGCGAAAUUGCGACUACUUCCCUCCGCGUUUCGCUGAUGUGUCCGCUGGGAAAGAUGCGUAUGUCGUGCCCUUGCCGUCCGGCCGCGUGUCCUCACCUUCAAUGCUUCGACGCGUCGCUGUUCCUGCAGAUGAAUGAGAGGAAGCCGACCUGGCUGUGCCCCGUAUGCGAUAGACCGGCGCCCUACGAUUCCUUGGUGGUUGAUGGGUACUUCCAAGAAGUUUUAACAUCCGCUCGCCUCUCGAGCGAAUGCAACGAGAUCCAACUACACGCAGACGGCAGUUGGAGCGCCCACGCUCCGCCUGCCAGAGCCCCGCAACAAGCGCAGCCCCAGCCCGAGCCCGUCACCCUAAUAGCCGACGAUCUGGAGGUGAUACCAGUUGAAGGCAGUAACAAUGGUGGUGGUAAACGAGCAGCAGUGGGUGAAGGUCGAGCCCCGAAGCCUGCAGAAGCCGUUGUUGAUCUUACUUCGGACUCAGAAGAUGAGCUGCCACUUAAAAGGAAAGUGCCACAACCCAAGGCCACUCCACCGAUGCCAGAGUCCACUAUCAAGACGGAUGAGCCGUACAAUAGUCCGACGGAAACAGUUUCCUCCAGCGGUUACCGUUCUCCAAGCGCGGGCACGGUAGGCAACGGCGGCGGUAACGGCAACGGCAGCGGUGGUGGCGCGGUCAUCUCUCUGGACAGCCCGUCACCGCCCGCGCCCGCCUCACCGCAACCAGACCCGCUGCCCGACCACCCGCACCUGUCCAUCACGCCCAUAGAGCGGUGUAAGUAUAGUGUCUACCGCAGCGGUGGCGGCGCGGUCAUCUCUCUGGACAGCCCGUCACCGCCCGCGCCCGCCUCACCGCAACCAGACCCGCUGCCCGACCACCCGCACCUGUCCAUCACGCCCAUAGAGCGGUGUACGAGUAACAGCACCGACCGCGAAGAAGGCGAGGCGACGCCAGCACACUGGGCACCUUACGCUGAAUCGGAUAGGGAAAACCACGAAUCUUACAGUAGAUACUGACUGAGGGAGAAGAGUGGCCGCCCGUCGUACGCCGGCGACCAUUCUUCCGAAGAGGAACAGGAGCCCUCCUACCCCGAGGUGCCUCUGCUGCCGCCGUAAGCGUACGCCGGCCAACGAUAUCCACAAAUCUAUUCGCAUUUCCUAUAUUUUUUUUAAAUUUCCAAUUUCAUGUAAUUCGUGCCAUUAAACACCACGUAUCGAAAAUGCCAACGCAAAACCAAAAUAUUUUGUCUUAUGUCGCACGUUUCCAGGACCUAAAUGUGAAAAUCUGGUAGUUACAGGUUAAAAUACCUGAUUUAAGACUCAAAGACCAGACUUUGAGUAAGAAGAACAUCCUAAAAUUGAACAGAAUUUCUCUAUGAUUUUUAAAAAAAUGGCAAUUUUGUUCGCCGCUGGCAAAAGUUUUAAAAAGUAUAAAUCUCCGCUAAUUUUAUUUUAAUGCUUCUAGAAAAGGUUUUCUUUAAAGUUAAACUGCGGUGGUCACUUCAUGAUUGUGAUUGUGUCCAAUUUUCAUUCAUUUCUUCGGAAAACUUUAUAGGUAAUAUUUUUACAUGGUAUCUAAUUUGGUUAACUUCUAGACAAUAACAAGUUUUCACAUAUAAAAAAAGCGAUGAAAAAUCCAGUGUCAAAUGAAAACCUGACCGGAGUCCGGUCGAAGCUCUUAAAAUUCGUCUAUUACCGGAUAGAAUGUCUUACGUCGUCAUUUGCGAUCCGUUUUUACCCGACUGCGCACAUAAGCAGCGCGGAGUGCUACGCGCACACAGGGUACAGUCUAUACAGGGUUAAUUUAAAAACACCAACAACAUCUUAGGCCGUGAUUCUACCCAUCAACAUGAAUAACCUUUAUUAUGUGACCAAUGCCGAAAUCGCGAAAAAGAACAGCUGUCUCAUACAAAAAUGUAUGAACUAAUCAACGGAAAUGUAUGAAACAGCUGAUAUUUUUUCGCGAUUUCAGAGUUGGUCCCAUAAUAAAAGUUGUUCCUGUAGAUGGGUAGAAUCACACCCAAAAUUAACCCUGUAUAUGUAUGUAUUUUCCUUUGUGGUACACUAGUUUUAUUGGCGCGAGUUAUAUUAUCACUCUGUUUCUUCAGCAUACUGCAGGCAUAUAGUGAGAGCUUUCAUUAUGGCAAAGCUAUCACGAACUGCAAAACAUAAUGCUGGCACUUUACACGGUCAUUUGUAUUUCUUAUUUGAUAAUUUCACAGCAACUGUCUAUUUUUCAUUACCUAUCGAGCAUAAUAAGGAUAGUAUGAUAAUGCUGUCAAAUGUAGCAAUAGUGCUACGAAUGUGAAGUGCUAGCAUUAAAAGUGAAAUGGACACUUAGGAGAAAGAGACAUUAAUAUGACAUAGUUUACAUUUAGAUCUAUAGGUCUGAUGAAAAAUGUUUUGAGAGAAAAAGAAUAUGUGAUUGAGUAUUUCUACUUUUUGAUAAAUAUAGAUAAUUUCUAUUUCUAAAACUCAACUGUAUCAAUAAUAUUAUAUGACAAGAAGUUUUUUGAGUACAAUUGGCAGCGUGCAUUUGAAAAUUGUGUACAUUCUCGAUACCUUAAUACAAAUGAUAGUUUGUGUAACUAUAAAUGGUUUCAAUGUCUACUAGGGAUAGAAUAAACUUUCCUCUUUGUACAGAUACAUUAUAGUUGACAACUUUAGUCUUAAAGUAUUUGCCUUUCAUUUCCAUGCUCUAAUUUAUUUAUCUUAAGGUAGGGUGUAGCGUAAUUUGUGUAAAUUUAUUGAGUUUGGAACUCGCAUGGAGUUCUGUGACGGACACCUCCAGAAUGUAUGUUUUUUUUAAGAUAAUAAGAAUAGGAAGAAAUAGAAUAAAAUGUAAAUAUGCUCAAUUUUGUUUGUUUCACUGUUUUUUCCCAAACUAAUUUUUUGAUUUAUUUUGAUUCAGAUGCCUUCUGAGGACUUUUUAUAAUCGCAGUUGAAGCUAGAUGGAUCCCUUCAACAAGAUUAUGAUGGCUUACAAUAAGGAUUAUGACAGGUUAAAGUAAACGGAAUUCUAUUUUUUCCG